AAUCCGAAAUCCGCCAUAUUUUACUGGAGAGUCGCCCAUUCCUUUGGGCAGUCUGAUAUUUUGUUCUAAUUUAAUCAAAUUAUGAUUUUUAUGAGUUAACGGUUAUAAUUUUAGUGUCUCUGUGUAGUGAUUUAUUCCUAGAACUUUCUAACAUUCUUCCAAUAUAAACUGAUGUGGUUUAUUCUCUUUCCUGUUCGUUUCCCCAAUCUAAUCUAAACAGAAAAUGGCCGACGGUGUUGGUGCGGGUGUCUCCUUUGUUUAGGGCUGAAUUCUAGUGAAUAUAAGUGUUUAUAGAAAUAAUGCCUAGUGCCUCGUUUUCCUCUUCGCGUUCUUACGUCCGUAGAUCGCGAAGAAAAGGCGGACAUCGGAUACCAUUACCUUCAAGAACACAAUCGAGUGAGCCAUGUGAAUCAGUCCCUUGCCCAAAUAACGUGACAGGCGCAAUGGCGGCUACGGCCGCAUGCGCCGGUCCGAGCGGCAGCGGCGGCGGCGGUGGUUCCCCGCCUGUGCCGGCUGCGGCCGCUGCCACCACCGCCGGCCACCACAGCCCCUAUGAUCUGCGCCGCAAGUCUCCACCCGCCUACCACGAGCCCGGACCUUCGGGCGCUUGCUCUCUACCCGCUAGGAAGAGGCCCAGAACCUCUCUGGCCCAGGGUGUGGAUGUGUGCAAUGUAUCACAGUAUCUGCAAUAUGAGCUCCCGGAUGAAGUACUGCUGUGUAUUCUGUCCCACCUCACCGAGCGAGACCUGUGCCGCGUCGCACAAGUCUGCAAGAGGUUCAACACAAUUGCAAAUGAUACUGAACUAUGGAAAAGUUUAUAUCAGUCAGUGUUUGAAUAUGAUACACCCCUGAUGCAUCCCGCCUCGUGUCAGUUCGAGUUCGUCCCGGCCGAUGAAUGCGACGCCGAUAAUCCGUGGAAAGAGAGCUUCCGGCAGCUAUACUACGGAAUCCAUGUUCGCCCCAACUAUCGUCCUAAAAAAGAAUCGCGUAUCAAACAUUUUAAUACAAUUAGGGCGGCUCUCGAGUAUGUGGAGGAACGCGCCGGUGUGGGCGGCGUGAGUAGCGCGAGCAGUGCAAGUGGGGCGAGCAGCGCCAGCGGCAGCAGCAGCACGUUGAGUGCCACUUGCGGCGGCGUGUGCGCGGCCGGAGCUUCGGGCGCGACGGCCUGCUCGUGCCGGCGCGCGCAGCCUGCACUCGUGUUUGUGCACGCCGGACACUAUCAGGAGGAGUGUCUCGCCAUAGAGACCGACGUCCAACUCAUUGGUUGUGCCCCAGGAAAUGUAGCUGAGUCAGUUAUCCUGGAACGUGAGGCGGAGUCAACAUUGACGUUCGCCGAGGGUGCGAUACGAGCGUAUGCCGGACACAUGACGCUCAAGUUCUCUCCAGAUGCAUCCAGUACAAUGCAACAUCAUAAGCACUAUUGUUUAGAAGUGUCAGACAAUUGCUCGCCUACAGUAGAUCAUUGCAUUAUUAGGAGUGCCAGUGUUGUGGGUGCAGCGGUGUGUGUAAGCGGCGCAGGCGCAACGCCCAUCAUCAAGCACUGCGACAUCAGCGACUGCGAGAAUGUGGGACUCUAUGUGACUGACUACGCACAGGGCGAGUACCUUGACAAUGAGAUCUCGCGGAACGCGCUUGCCGGCAUCUGGGUCAAGAACUACGCCAGUCCCGUCAUGCGUAGGAAUCAUAUACAUCACGGCAGAGAUGUUGGAAUAUUCACAUUUGAAAAUGGGCUGGGUUACUUUGAAGCAAAUGACAUACACAACAACAGAAUCGCUGGUUUCGAAGUAAAGGCUGGUGCAAACCCCACAGUAGUUCAUUGCGAGAUUCAUCACGGACAGACUGGCGGUAUAUACGUCCACGAGUCUGGUAUAGGGCAGUUUAUAGACAACAAAAUACACUCGAAUAAUUUCGCCGGUGUCUGGAUCACAUCUAAUAGUAACCCGACCAUUCGCCGGAAUGAGAUUUAUAAUGGUCACCAAGGUGGUGUGUACAUAUUUGGGGAGGGACGCGGGCUCAUAGAGCACAAUAAUAUUUAUGGAAACGCUUUAGCUGGUAUACAGAUACGUACUAAUAGUGAUCCAAUAGUAAGACACAAUAAAAUCCACCAUGGACAACAUGGCGGAAUCUACGUCCAUGAGAAGGGCCAAGGGCUCAUCGAGGAGAAUGAGGUGUACGCCAACACGCUCGCCGGUGUGUGGAUCACUACCGGCUCCACGCCUGUACUUCGCCGCAAUCGUAUACAUUCGGGAAAACAGGUUGGGGUAUACUUCUAUGAUAAUGGCCAUGGUAAAUUAGAAGACAACGACAUAUUCAAUCACUUAUACUCAGGCGUUCAAAUUAGGACAGGUAGCAACCCUGUAAUUAGAGGUAACAAAAUAUGGGGUGGCCAGAAUGGGGGUGUACUAGUAUACAAUGGGGGCCUAGGCCUGUUGGAACAGAAUGAGAUAUUUGAUAAUGCUAUGGCUGGUGUAUGGAUUAAGACUGAUUCCAAUCCCACACUCAAAAGGAAUAAAAUUUUCGAUGGCCGGGAUGGAGGCAUUUGUAUCUUCAAUGGGGGAAAGGGUGUGUUGGAAGAAAAUGAUAUAUUUCGCAAUGCACAAGCGGGCGUAUUAAUUUCAACCCAGAGUCAUCCAGUGCUACGCAGAAAUCGAAUUUUCGAUGGACUCGCCGCCGGCGUCGAGAUCACCAAUAAUGCCACAGCUACUCUUGAGCACAAUCAAAUUUUUAACAACAGAUUUGGAGGUUUGUGCCUAGCGUCGGGCGUCUCACCUCUUGUGCGUGGCAACAAAAUCUUCAGCAACCAAGAUGCAGUGGAGAAGGCAGUGGGCGGUGGACAGUGUUUAUACAAAAUCUCUUCCUACACAUCCUUCCCAAUGCACGACUUCUAUAGGUGCCAGACAUGCAACACGACAGACCGUAAUGCCAUUUGCGUAAAUUGCAUUAAAACGUGCCAUUCCGGACACGACGUAGAAUUCAUUCGCCAUGAUAGGUUCUUCUGCGACUGCGGCGCGGGUACGCUGUCGAACCAGUGCCAGCUGCAGGGCGAGCCCACGCAGGACACGGACACGCUGUACGACUCGGCGGCGCCCAUGGAGUCGCACACGCUGAUGGUGAACUGAGCGGUGACCGCUCCACCGCCCCGCCAUACCGCCCACCGCCACGCCACACGCCGCGCGUCGGAAAUCAGUAUUCGUCGGAAACUCCUAACUCGAGCUCAGUGCGCGGACAAAGUCAAGAGGUAACCAGUAACGGUAAAAGUGAAGCCGCAAAACAAUGUAAUCAUACUCAUACAUUUUCACCAAUUAUAAUUAUCAAAAAUGUUUUGAUAUCAUUAUAUAAAUAAAUAUUCUUCGUAAUUUACACAUUUAAAGCUUCACUUUGAUUGUAUGUACUGUUGUCUCUUGACUUGUUUCUUGCCUUGUCCAGUUCGAGUCUUUAUUUAUUUAUAGCUUUACUGCCGGCCGACGGCCGCCCGCUGCCAGCCGGCUUUCCCUAUGUACGUCGAUUUUUAAAUCGAUAGACAAAAAUUUUAAAGUUCAUAAUCGUAUCGGCAGCUCUUUCUCUUAAUCUUUUCUAAAAAUCUAUUCGAUUCUUCUUUAUUUCUACAAUUAUCAGGAACUGAAAUAAUCGAAUCCAAGAAACUUAUUUUUGUCUAUCGGAAUAAGAAUGGCAACUUUACUUCUAUAGUUCACUUAUUUUUAUUAUCUAAAACCCCACAUUGUUUAGCACUCGUCGUGAUAUCGGACGAGUGUUCGAGAUUGUGCCGUUCCACAUUUUUCAUCUUUGUACUUUAUAUAGCUGAAGGAAAAGUAUACAUAUUUCAGAUAUCGUAACACUGUUUGUAUAUGUAGAAGUUUUUUUAAUCAUUCAUCGGUACUUAAUAAUUACGUAUUUUGUCAAGUAGUAUCAUGCAUUCCCAAAUUGUAAUCAUAUUAUAUAAUAUCGAGAGAUCACAUUGAUAUUUAGAAUAAUGUUAUUCAUUUUGUAAGAUGUAGGAGCGUAUAAUUAUAAUAUCCGCUAUAGUUUCAUGAUCAUGGGGAAGAAUAUAAUUAUGUUUAUUUACUUUGAACGAAACAUUAUUUAGUUCGUAAAUAGUUCACAAUCCAACGGCUGUCGAAGUCAGGAUGGCUAUUUGUAAUAUAAUUUCUUUUUAUCUUUUUGACGACAAGAUUACAUUUUUAUUUUGGGGCAUUUAUUCCUUAGCUCUCCUGACAAUAUAAUUGAUUGUUCAGACGUUUUAGUUAAUAAAGAUAAUUGUCCAAAUUAGUUUGUAUUAUUAUGGGGUAGAGUGGCACGCAUUGCGCGAGUCGUUGCUGGUAUGUGAAGUUAGUGGACGCUAGGCGCGGCGCACUAAUUAAUCUCUUUUAGGAGUCUGCCUCGCCUAACUAUUUUGGCGCUCCAAAUGCGCUUUGUAAAUAUUUAUGUCACACAAUAAUCGAAAAUGUAGUAAUUAAUGUAUUUGUAUCAUUAUAUUUUUAUUAUUGAUCACAUGUAUGUUUAAUUAUGGAAUACGUAUUUUACGCUCAUAAGGGUUGAACGCUGCGCUCUAGCGAGCGUUGCGUAGAGAGAGUGCUGCACGCAAAUGCAGCUGUUUAGAUAGUUCUGAGAUAUCAAGAGGCGCAAGUCGCGAGCCGCAAACGCGGCCUGCUAGUGUAUAUUAAGAGGAAAAUUAAGAACGGAUGUGCGUAUUUAACUGGAAAAGAUCUUAGGUACAAUUGAUAUUUUAUUAUAUUGUUAAUUUAAAUUUGGUAUUGAUAUCGAUCGAGAAGCAAUGUUAGGAAACUGGGAUGAGCCGCAAGUGAGUGGCCAGAGUGCUGAUAGUGAUAAGUUUAGCCAAUAAGCUAUGAUGAAAGUCUAAAUUACUCAGUAAUCACUAUUAAAAGUUUCGAAUUGUUAAAUCGUCUCUCCAUAGCACGGUAUGUUCUGAAUCUGCUUUUUUAUAAUCCGUCUGUGAUCAUCACUAAGUGAAAAUAUUUUAGUUGAACGGGCUGAAUUAUUAGAAUUUUAUGACUUUAUCAAGUAAAUUGUCGUGGAUCCGUUGCUUUAUAUAUUUGAAUGUGAAAUUGUUAUUUAUUAUGGAAUUAUCAAUAUGAUCUUAAUUUAUUAAAUUCAAAUCUGAUGUUUUGUUUAUACAUGAAAAUACCAUUGUAAAAGCCGUGAUAAUACAUCAUAUAAUAUUAU